AUGAAGUCAGGUCAGUUGACCUUUUCAAAGCCAGGCACAGACAUGAGUAUUUGGCCGAAAAAGGCUUGGAGCAUCGAGGAGGAGCUUCUGAAGAAGAAGAACAAGUCUGUCGAAGAAAAGUACCAGUCGCUUCUCGGGGAGUACCAGGAGCUCCGUGUCGCGAACGCCAAAUCCAUGGCCAAGCUGCGCGAACUCGAGCGAUACAAAGAAAUCUCGGACGACAUUGUCAACAGCGCGUCCACGUCGCGGCGAAUGGAGGAGAAGGAGCGCAUCGAAAUCUCGAGCCAAAUGCAGCAAUACCGCGACAAGCUUGAAGAGGCCGUGGAAAACAUUUGCUUUCUUGAAAAAGAGAACAAGCGGCUCAAGUCCGACGUCACGGCCGCCAAACUGGACGCCACGACGUCGAAUGUGCUCCUGAAAACCCUAGACGACUCCAAAUCCAAGUUGUCCACGACGGAAAGCCGUCUGCAGUUGAUGCGCAUUGAGAUCCUCGAGCUCAAGAACCGCAAGGCCGACCUGAAUUCACAAGUUCAGGACCUCAAGGCGCGGCUGCAUUCGGCCGACACGCUGGCCGAGCGCAAGUCGGACGAAUGCAAGCGACUGUCAUCCAAACUCGAGUCCUUGGAAACAGCGUGGGACUCGACGCGUAGCCAAAACAGUCGCAUCCAAAAAGAGAUUCGCAGCGUUGCCGAAGUCGCCGACAUCAAUCGGGAAUUGAGUGAAAAGUCCAAGCACCGAAUCGCGUCGCUUGAAAACGAAGUGGACGCGCUCCAGCUCAAGCUCAAGACGCGCGAACGCACGAUCGAUGAGCUCCGCACAGACAACGUGGACGUCCGCACCGAGUUGAACGUGCUCAAAAAGGACUUUUCCGAGCUCCAGGCCAUCAACAAAGAUCUGCGCCGCCUCAGCUCUGACCACAACAAGCACGACAAGGACACUGAGCACGCCCUGUCCAUGCAUGAAACCGAAAUCAAGUGUUUGCGAGACAUGAACCGAUCGUCGUCGGAGCGCAUCGAGGAGCUGGCGGCCGAAAACGCCAAACUCCAGGGCCAACUCUUAGACGUCCACAGUGACUUUCUCAAAAAAGUGCAAAGUGACGCGUCGUGGAAGCACAAGGAGAAAGAAAAGCUUCGUCGCGAGGUUGAGGACGAGAUGGACGUGCUCAAGAAGCCGCGCGUGUGCAAGCACUGCCACGAGUCGUUUACGUUGGAAAAGAACAAUGCGCAGUCGUGUACGUUCCACCCCGGUCGGUACCUCCCCCGCCAGUACCCCCUCGAGGGGUACUCGUGGUCGUGCUGCUGCAAGCGCGACAUUUCGUCGCGCCCGUGCAAGUUUGCAGGGCGGCACGUUGAGCGCGAAACCCUCUAAGCCCCAACAACAACUAAAAGCAGCUAACCACCACCACCCUUCGUCUGUAGUCUCAUAUGCAUAUUAUAAUACACCAUCCCGUCC